AUGGGUAAAUACUUAUCAGUUAGAUAUUUCUGUACUAGAAGUACUUCUGAACCUGCAGUCACUUCAAAAUCUGAAAUAUCCCAAGAUUUUAAUGAACAAUUAACAUGUAUAUUAUCAGAUAGAUAUAUUGCACAGACAAUGUCUAGAAGCAAAAGUACAUCAGGUAAUUUAAUUAGUAGGGCUGCUUGGGAUACUUUAAAUAAAAGUGGGUCUCGUUGGUUAUUAAGAAGUUUUAUACGUUUUGGGAAAUCCAGUUCUAUAACUAGAUUUAUAUUAAGUAGUAUGGGAUUAUAUGUUCAAGAUGCAUUAUGGUGGUUUGAUACUAAACUGCAAAUGAUGGCUCUUACAAUAGAUGAUGUUCCAGGCAUGGAUCCAUCUACAAAUGACUUGAUAUUAGACUUAUUAAAGGAAUUUAAUGUCAGGUGUACAUUUUUUGUUACAGAAAAAAAUGCUAGAUAUGUAUCUAAUUCAGAUAAAUUUCUUAAACGUUGUAUUGAAGAAGGUCAUGAAUUGGGUAAUCAUUUAGCUGAAGAUAUACCAUGUAAUAAACUUUCAUUAGCAACUUUUGCACAAAACUUACUUGAAUGUGAACAUUUAAUUAGUCGUUUUGUACCGAAUCAUAUAUGUAUUAAUUCUAUCUCAUCUAUGGAUUCUGAUUCAGAUAUAAUUUCAACUAAAUUUAAGUGGUUUAGACCACCCUUUGGUCGUCUUACACGUCAACAAUAUGAUUUUGUUAUAUCUCGUGGUUAUACAGUGGUAAUGUGUGAUGUAUAUCCAAAUGAUGUAUCCCUACAAAGUUUUCCUCAAUUUCUUGCUGAGUUUUGUACUAAUCAUGCUGCUCCAGGUUCUAUUGUUUGUAUUCAUAUGCCCUCCAAUGAUUUCCGAGCAGCUAAUUUGGAGGUAUUUAGACUUUUAUUACCAAAAAUUACAAGACGAUUUGAAUGUGUAACUCUUUCAAGACUUGCUCAAGAGGUUAUAAAGGAAAAUAUUUCAAAUUCUAAAGAUAUUUAA